GACUCCAUUAUCCCAUAUGACUUUUAUUGUAGAUUUUCUUCGUCCCCAUUAGAUUUUGUCGUGUACGGAAAAAAUACGAAGUUUUGCAAAAGAAAAACCUAUUUUUUGAGGAAAUCUGCGGUAAAAAUUUAAACAAACAUGUCUGGAAAGGAUAGGUUACCAAUUUUCCCUUCUCGUGGUGCCCAAAUGUUGAUGAAGUCCCGUUUGGCUGGUGCACAAAAGGGUCAUGGAUUGCUCAAAAAGAAGGCUGAUGCUUUGCAAAUGCGUUUCCGUAUGAUUUUGGGCAAAAUCAUUGAGACCAAAACUUUAAUGGGUGAAGUUAUGAAGGAAGCUGCCUUUUCUUUGGCCGAAGCCAAAUUUACCACAGGUGAUUUCAAUCAAGUGGUGCUGCAAAAUGUAACCAAAGCCCAAAUCAAAAUUCGCACAAAGAAAGACAAUGUGGCUGGUGUAACUUUGCCCGUCUUCGAAUCCUAUCAGGAUGGUGCUGAUACCUAUGAAUUGGCCGGUUUGGCUCGUGGUGGUCAGCAAUUGGCCAAACUUAAGAAGAAUUACCAAAGCGCUGUCAAGCUUUUGGUGGAAUUGGCUUCAUUGCAGACAUCUUUUGUAACCUUGGAUGAAGUUAUCAAAAUCACCAACAGAAGAGUAAAUGCCAUUGAGCAUGUCAUCAUUCCACGCAUUGAUCGCACCUUGGCCUACAUCAUUUCCGAAUUGGAUGAAUUGGAACGUGAGGAAUUCUAUCGUUUAAAGAAAAUCCAAGAUAAGAAACGUGAAGCCCGUCAAAAGGCUGAGGCUAAAAAGGCUGAUCUACUCAAGCAGGGCAUUGAUGUGCGUGAAGUUAGCAAUAUCUUGGAUGAGGGAGAUGAUGAUGUUCUAUUCUAAGUACUUCUACUUUGUAAACUUCUUUAGAGGAUAACAACAAAUAGAAAACACAAGGCGAUAGCAACAGCAACAAUAAUAAUAAUAAUAUUAAUAAUAAUCCUAUAAAAAUCACUGUGUUUCAUGGAUAGUGUAAAGAAAAUUCCAUAUUUAUUUUUGUUGUUUUUUUCUGUUUAUAUUCUGUCUUCCUUAGUUAUUUUGUUUUCAUUUCUUGUCUGUGUUUUAAAAUCUAAAUAAACAGUAAAAGACAUUAUACAGUA